CAAAUUCAGCUGAAAAGCUUCAUACAUGGUUAAUUACCCGAAUAAUGCGUGCUCCACAGAUCGUAUUUGAAACAACGCCAUAUCAAAAUUUCAUUGAAAGUUUUGAUGAAGACCUUCAUGAUGUAGACGAGAAUAUACCUAUGGCGUUGUAUAAAUGGCUCCUGACAGCUCUUAAAGUCCCUGUUAUUCUGAUCCCGAUAUUCAUUGCGUCACCUAUCCUAUCCAUACUUAUAAUACCUUUAGUAUUUGGCUUUCUUGUAAUACAGAAAUUAUAUCUAAAUGCCUGGCAACAACUGCAGUACUUGACUUCUGCUACCUGUUGUCCACUGUCAGAUUUGUUAGAGGAUACGUUGCAAGGAGUAUCAAACAUUCGAGCAUCUCAAGCUAGUUUCCAUUUUCUCAUCCGUUUUAACGCAAAACUAAACACUCAUAACAACUGCCUUUUUCUUUUCUUUUUGGUAUCAAGGUGGUUAAGUUGCACUGUGAAUAUCAUUGGAGCUGUCUUCGUACUCAUCACAACGACAGUGGUGUUAACAUUAGGAAACAAAGAAGAUGGAUUUUCUGGAUUAGUUAUUGUGUUCUCUAUGCAGAUAGCCGAGUACCUUGUUUUGCUAGUUUAUAUGAGUUCGGUGCUCAAUGUCGACAUGCUGGCUUUUGAUAGAUUAAAGGCAUUUUCAGAAAUUAAGCAGGAGUCCGAAUGGGAGGAUCCAAUAAAUGCUCCCCCAAAUUCAUGGCCAGAUUCAGGUCUAGUACAUAUUCAGAAUCUCAGUACAGCAUAUGGAGAAGGACUGUACCCUGUUCUUCACAACAUAAGCAUCGACAUCAAGCCUGGUGAAAAAGUCGCAAUAAUUGGUAAAGAAGAUUCUGGAAUGCACACUUUAUUAUACUCCCUUUUUCGAUUUAUCGAGCCUUCAGGUGGUGAAAUCAUAAUAGAUAAUAUUGACAUCAGUAAAAUAGGUCUACGAGAUUUGAGAUCUAGAUUGGCCAUCAUACCACAAGAUACUCUAAUUUUCAAUGGUUCAGUGAGACAGAACUUGGAUCCUUAUCAAGAAUUCAAAGAUGAAGAGAUAUGGUCCGCUUUAGAGAUUGCUGAUUUGAAGGCACAUAUUUCAAGUCUUGAUAGUUCAGUUGAAAGGAAGAUGAGCAAUGAAAAGAAAAAUUUACUUUCGAUUGCAAGAUGCGUGCUUAAAAGACCCAAAAUUGUAAUCCUUGAUGAAUCUGAAGCUUAUGAAAAAAAUGGAGAAAAUGUAUUUCAAAACAGCACAAUACUUAAAUUCUGCAGCCACCAGAUUUCAGAACAUAACGGCAGGAUAAUCAAAAUUUCAAGUGGAGAAGUAACAGAAGAUAGUUCUUCUAACUUGACGUCAAUAUAAAGCCCAGUGCAUACAAAAUUAUAGCACUUUUUAAGGAUACGAAAGAUUUUAAAAACAACUUGCCUGCGUUUGCUAAAUUCAUAUCAUAUUUGUUUUAGUAAAAUAUACUUCACGACCAUAUUUAUUUUCUCUUUCACUAAUUUGAACAUUUUUAAGUGUUAACUGUGUAUUAGCAUUUGAUACAUUCAUAGUUGAUUUAUGAAUAUUUUGUACUUUUAUUAAAAAAGUAUCUUCAAUUUUAAGGAAUGGAAUUCUUAUGGAACAUAAUGGAAGAUUUGUUUUUAUUUCGCACAAAUACAAAUACAUUGUAAAUUCAACGUCAAUAAAAUGGCAUAAAAUGACAGUUUAAAAGUGCUUGAAAUUUGACAUCGGACAGGAUAGUAGAUUUCCAAUAAAAUAGUAAAUAUUGCAACAAAAAUAGAUGACUGUAUUAUAUGCACUGAUAAUACAGUUUUGAGGUUGAUAUGUUCACAAAAUAUAUUAAGUUCAAAGCAUGAUAAAGUAAAACAACUACUCUUAAUGCAGGCUAAUUUUAAGGAAAAUACAUAAAAUAGCAAAUUUUAGAGUCUUUUAACAUCAUAAUUAGGCUUUGAUAAUGCAAAUGUAUCCAUGAAUCAUUAAACAAAUUAAAUAUUUUAAUAUAAAAUAAAUGAAUAUAAAAAUCUGAUAUACAAAAAAAAA